UGCUUCGAGAAAGGUGUAAGGUGUGUCUCGGGAGUGAAAAUCAAGUUAUCUUCUGGGAAUAUCUAAACUUCAGUGAAAGUUAUCGUGUUAUAUUAUUACUGGUUCGUAACUUUGUUUUGUGAUUUAUUAAGGUGGAUUUAGUAUGUUUGAUGUUCAGCCGAUGGAGGAGACAAAGGAUGGGAGGUUCAGCAGCCGUGAUCUGCUUGUUCCGCGCUCGCUCCGCCCCGGAGACCGGAGGCCGAGACGCUUCGCGCUAGCGUCUUUCGCGCGACAGCGAAACUUCGCACAGCAUCCGCCGCGCCCGCGUUUCGUGAUGCUUAUGCGUAUCGGUUGUCUUGCAGCGGCGCCGGGCGUAUCGUCAGCCCCGCCGCGUGGCAACGCCCGCGUCUGCUUCGGGGCUUCGCCCCUCGCGUCUCGUCGCGCGCGUUUGGAGCCCUCGCUCCUUAAAAACCGCUCUCGGAGCCCUAAAGGAUGUCUUCCCGACGUAAUGGAUCGGUGUCGCGGGCAGCGGAAGCCGCCUCCAAGAACAGGCUACAUAUGGACCGCAAUCCGCAACACUCACGGAUGACAGAUCCAUCAAAUCCGGCGGGUAGACGUAAAGAAAUCGACAAUGUGAUGAAACGGGCACGCCAGGCCUCGCCCGGCAGCUGGGACAGGAAACUUCUGGAAGUUGAAGAGAAGGAUCCUAAUAGAUGGCGACAUACAGGCUACAAGCAGUUGUAUCUAGACGGCUCGGGCUCCGUAUCACCGCGCCGCUCCCGCUCUCCUCCACCACGACGUUCCAGAUCACCAAUACCUGGUAGUCGUCGCUCCAGGUCUCCUAUAUCGAGGCGCUCCCGUACACCUCGGCGCAGCCCCCGCAAGUCCCGCUCGCGCACACCUCGCCGGAGCCCCCGCAGAUCACCGAGACGGAGCCCUGUCAGACGCAGUCCGAUGCGGAGUCCCCGACGUCGAGUGAGUCCUCGCCGCAGACCUAGGCCUCCGCCCCCGCCUCCUCGCGGUGCUAGACCACCUUCUCCUCCUGACCCUAGAAAGUCAUCACCGUCAGGAUCAUCUGUGAGCAGCUGUUCAGAUGAAUCCUGCUCCGUGUGCUCGGCUAAGAACAAGAAGACAGCACCACCAACGAAACCUGUGAAGCCGGGGUCGAAGUCACCACCGCGUCCGGUGGCGAAGCGCCCCGCGCCUGUUGCGAGCGCCCCACGAGCUGUACAGCCCACACGGGAACUGCUGAAGGCGAGGGAGGCCAGCAAAAGGACUAGAGAGGAGAAGGUAUUGGAAUGGCAGCGCACACAAAUGGACGUGGUGGGUAUAAAACGUGAGGGAGAACGCCGGAGACCGCGUCCGGAGCGCCCCGAGCGACCUGAUCGUCCGGCACGCGAGGGCGGAGUCUCCCCCUCGGCCAUCGCAGCGGCCUUAGCUGAUUCCUCCUCAGAUUCGGAGUCUGAAAGGAGCGCAUCUCCUGCACCACAACGGUUGACCUUGUCGGAACGUUUCGGCAAGAUGGCGCAAUGGUCCCUAGAUAGAUCAGCUCGCUUAGAAAACAUGAGGAUAACAAGGAGAGAAGCUACUCUACAUGUGCGUAUAGAGGGCGCACGCUCGCCCUCCCCCGCCCCCGCAGCACCCGUAGCCCCUGUAGGCAGUUACCCUACCGCACUGGAAGCCCCCGCUGGAUUGCCCGCCUGGGAUGACGUCAGAGUACGAUAUGAACAUUACAAGAGACGGGGUUAUUUACGCGGUCUAUCAUUACCAGAUUAUGUGAAAUGGGAGGAAUGGUGGUAUAAAUAUCAGGAGUGGUUGAAGCGCGAGCAGGCAUACGAGAGAUGGGCGGAGGGCGAAGUCCCAGUGGGGAGACGGGAGCGCCGACGUCGCGGUGGUCGUCACCGGCGCAGCUGAGGGCGCGCCGCCCCCGCGGCUGUGCUGGCUGUUGAUCUGGCACAUCAUGCCGCUGGGGGCUCCGCUUAAAGCUCUGUCAGAGCUAACGGACAUGGAUUUAGUGUAGUGUUUUAGUGAAUAGUGUUUGUGGCAUAUAUUCAACGGUCUACCUACUUUCCGUUGCAAAUUAAUGGCCUGAAUGUGGUUAUACAUUGCUUUUCUAUUUAGUAGGUUUAUGAAAAAUAUAAAAAAACUAUAUUAAACAUCUUUAUUGUUGUAAUUUUGUGGAUUUUAUAAGAUAGUGUGCGUACAAUCACCGAGAAAUACCCGAUAGUGUAAUAAAACUGUAAAAUAAUCUUUAGAUUAUAUUAGUUGAGUGUUGAUGGCUCAGUGGUUAAGUACUUGUAAUCUACAUGUCUUGGGUUUUAAUCCUGUACAUUUAUCCGACGUUCUUACUGUGAAGGAAAACAUCGUGAUGCUGCACAUAUCUGAGAAG